AAACAGAAACAGGAAGUAGCUGUGCAUAGUUCGAGAAAAAUGUCCUGACGUAGUCCCGAAUGUAUUUUCUCUAAAAAGUGAUUCACUUCAACGAAUUUGUGAUUGGAAAUCGUAUCAAACUCAAAUUAAACGGUUAUUUCAUAAACAUAGCUAGUUACCCAAUGACAUUGCAAUGUCUAGUAGAAAGAGAUCGAGAGACUCGGAGGACAGAGGGGACCGCAAAAGGCACAAGGAAUCAAAACACGAUGUAGAAAAACUCAAGAAACAAGCGAGAAAACUCAACCAAGAAGUGCAAAAGCUGAAGCAUUUGGAGACCUUUUAUGAAAAACCUCCUCCUGGACUCAUAAAGGCGGAGGAGUACAAACCAGAGGACUGUAUUCCUGCUGAUCCAGGAAAUGAGGAUGCUAGGGACUUCCUGGCUCACGCCCCCACCAAAGGGCUGUGGAUGCCUCUGGGGAAGGAGGUGAAGGUCAUGCAGUGUUGGAGAUGCAAGCGCUAUGGACACAGGACAGGGGACCGAGAGUGUCCCUUCUUCAUCAAAGGAAACCAGAAACUGGAGCAGUUCAGAGUGGCACACGAAGACCCAAUGUACGACCUGAUCCGAGAAAACAAACGCAAUGAAAAAGAAACGAGGAUUCAGCAGCUGCAGCAACUCCUGCAGGACACCACCUCCUCCGACUCGGACAGCUCCUCCUCUUCCUCCUCCACCAGCGACCGCAAGAAGAGGAAACACAAGAAGAAGGACAAGAAGAAGGACAAGAAAAAGAGGAAGAAGAAGAGGAAGCACAAGUCCUCCAAAACCAGUGACUGUUCUGAGUCCAAUUGAGCCAUAGGAACCUACCUGGAUUGUUCUAGCAGGGAGAUGGCUACACUGCAGUGUCUAUCAGUCAGUGAGCAGCUAUGGUGGUUCUUACCCAUUGGCUCAGGGUCGCCUCAAUGGCACACUACGAAGUGCACACUAGAGGACCCUUUUUGGUUCAGUAUUCUUCCCUCCAUCUGAGCCUUUAAAUAAUGCAUGACUUGUCCCAUCCCUCAUAUGGUUGAUGCCUCUAUUCCAUUAGAUCAUACAGAAUAAGAUUCUAUGGAUCCGCAAUGCUGAUGGUGAAUGUAGGGCCCCUCAGGCGAGGAUCUCAGAAAGCCCUUACAGCAUGGGUAAUGACCUGACUGGCUCGUGGGGGCCUGAGCCAGCCAGACUAGUUGAAAUCAGUUUGUAGCUGUUAUGAAGGAUGUUGGCUUGAUGAAUCAGAUCCGAAUGAAAACGUGACAAAACAGAGCAUGUUGUUAGAGAUGGUUUUGCUUCGUAUUUAGCUUGAUUGUAGGCCUGUUGUUUGACAAAUAGAGUGGGGAAUAUUGCAACAUAUUUUUUCCAUAUUUAUUUUCUUCCAAAUGACGCUGAUGGAUGUUUGAAUGCUUAUUACUGUACAUAAAUAUUUGGAAUAAAUUGAGGUUGGAAUUUAACUUUUAUUUAAAUCCAGCUUGAGAAAGGG